AAAUAGAAAAAUUUUCAUACUUUGUUCGCUGCUCAAAAUGUAAAGUUCUGUUUUACGGUCGUCCUCGCCGUGUGAUAGUAAAAAUUCAAACCGCAGACAAGAAAUUCUAAGUGUGUGUCCAUUUGUGUGUGUUUUUGCGACCAAAAGAAAAAUUGGAAUAAUUCGAAAUAUUUCCAAUCAGAAGACAAAUUGUGAAUCAAAAUCGACCUUUUUUCAAAAUGAAAUUUAGAAAAAAAAGAUCAAUUAUCAUUGAAAUGUUGGCGAUUUGUGAAAACAUGAAAACCGUGUAACCGAGACGUGCCCAUUAAAAAAUGAAGAAAAAUUUUCCAAUUCGUAUUGUAAUUGAAAAAUGCUAUGAUACAUACAUAACUAAUGUGAAAAGAAAAUCCUAAAACAGUGCAAAGGAAAACGCCAUGAAUUAAUAGUGCAAAACCGCGGAUAUAUGUGUGCCACAGAUACGAAUUCGCCUUACAGCUAGAGGCACCCACUUAGCCAACCAACCAGCAAGCAAGCAAGCAAGCCAUUGAGCUAGCUACUCCAUCCCACUCAAAGGAAAAUCUACAUACAUUAGCUCAGCGAAAUGGAACAAAUCAGCAGCUACAUUUGAACAAUAGCAGAGCCAGGAAAAAAGGAUACAACAAAACUUGUGUUUAUGUGUCUUUUGGACACAGUAUUGGUUUGCGGCAAACAGAAGUGAAUGAACACUCCAUACGUUCUGGUUUAUCUUAAGAGAGGCUCAGCGCACAGCCAAGACACCACACCAGCAGCCAUAAGACCGGAAGAAGCACCACCGCCCUCCACAGCACCAGUCACUGCCAUUAGAAGUUCUGAACCACCACCACCCCUCAGCACCUGUCACUGCCACUAGACGAUCACACACGAACUCACACACACACACACACACAGAAGCAAAAUCUCACACAAUGGGUGACUAUCAUGAGUAUACGGAUCAAUAUAAGGUGCCGGUUAUUGCCAAACUGCUGCAUGCCCUGCCCCACUACAACAUAACAUUCCAUAAAAUUAACAGCACAUUUCGGCCAAAUGAUGAAAUCUACUUGGAGAGCCUGGGAAUUUUGGGCUCUGUGCCAGCUGCCCUGCUCAUCGUUUCACUGUUGGGUCUCCUGCUGUAUUUAAUGACAAGAUGUUGCGAUCGCAAACCCAGACCUGCCCAUUCGAUUACCAGUCUCAAGGUGGCACUCUCCAUUGUGACGGUUAUGUGUUGUGCUGCCAUUGGAUUGGGUUUAUAUGGAAAUGAUGAUUUACACAAUGGUUUAUUGGAAGUUUUAACUGCUGGACGUAAGGUGGACACAUUGGUCACAACGGUACGAAAUCAAACAUUGAUUUUGGAAAAUACUUUGAAAAAUCGCAUCCGACCUCAGCUGGUGGAGCUGGCCGAUAUUUUCGAUCAACCGGUGACAAAUUCUACAGCUCUCUCUAUACUCUUUGUAUCGUUGAAUAUUGUGCAAGGUAAUGUCACACUGGCAACCAAUGCGGCCAGUGAUAUACGGAGGCCAUUGACAAGUGUUACAAUGACGAAAUUUCUUUCGGAGGGUGAUAAAAUGGAAUUGAUACGAUGGCCCGGAACAGUGGCCACCCUGGCUUUGCUUUUGGUCUUGUGUGCCGUGCUAUUGGUGGGAGUGGCCCGCCACUCCCGCUGUGCUUUGAUUUUGUUCAGUGUCUGCGGUCUAUUGGCUGUCACCGGCUCCUGGCUAAUGUCUGGCCUGUAUUUGUCUUCAUCGGUGGCUGUGGGUGAUCUUUGCAUUAGCCCAGCGGACUUUUUGGUCUCAGUGGCACCCCGUGAUCUUCCCACCAAUGUUUUGCUGCACUAUACCCAAUGUGAACCCGGACACACCAAUCCCUUUACCCAACGUCUCAGGGAAUCACAAAAUUCCCUAAACAAUGCUCGCAGUGCCAUGGCCACGGUAAUGAAAAUCUCAUUGGUGUUAUUCAAAUCCUCGGGAUUACAGCCGAAAUUGGGAGCAGUUAAUGCCGAUUUGAAUAGCAGCGAACGUCUGCUGACCCAACUGACUGCCUUGGUGGAUUGUAAAACUGUGCAUCACAACUUCCUGGCCGCCUCAAGGGGUCUGUGCGAGGGUGGCCUCCUCGGACUUGUCCUAAUGCUCAUUGCCAGCUUUAUUGCUGCCAUUUUGCUCACCAUCAUGGUUUGGGUCGAUUCACACACAUGGAUCUAUAUAAGGAAACGCAAUGACUAUGCUCAAGUGGAUGAACCAUCGUAUAUUUCCCACCCUGCCCCGCAGAAUCAUCAACAAAUGUUGAAUGCUUCCCGUACCCUGCCCAGGAACCACAAUGGGCACUUUAGUCCACCGGUGAUCAGUGGCUCGCACACCCUGCAGCACCCAUCGAAGCGUCAGCAGCACGAGAUGAUGGCUCACGUGCACAUGCAGCAGAAUAUGAGGGCUAUGGGCACGCAUACGCUGGGUCGUUUGCCGUCGCACAAUCAUAGCCCCACACACCUGACUGGCCCAAAUAACGGUAAAUAUGCAACUUUAAGCAAACAAUGCAAAACUUUGGAAGCAAAUGAUUUUUACUGAAAAUCAUCAUCAGUCUGUAGCGAUCCCAACCGAAGUCAACAGGCGACGUUUCAGCAGCAGCAACAAUCCCAGAUGGCUCCCCAACCAAUCUAUUGUCACCAUCCUCAUCCACAUCCUCACUCACACGAAGCUGCCGCAGCCGUGGCCGCUGCCCAGCAUCAGCACGCCAUCUAUCAUCAACAACAGCAGCAACAGUAUGGCACCUAUUCCACAGCGGCUCAUGGACAACAUCAUUUGGUGGCGGCCGGACCACAUGGACAGCAGAGUCAAAUAUAUCAACAGAUACCACCGCAUAUGGGUCAAAUGUCUCAGAAUGGCGGCCAGGCAAAUCCUCAUUCCAUUUACCAGCCAUUAGUUGCUGUUAGCCAGGGUUCCAUCUAUGUCUCAAAUUUGGCCACAAUGCGUCGUCAGAAUUCGCAACAAAGUAAUGCCGGCCAUCCUCAGAUCCCCGGGCAUCAUGGCAUGUCACAGCAACAGGGUGGCGGGCGAAUGCCACCAACAUCACAUCAUCAGUCGAUCAGUGUGAAAUCGCCACAAGAUGGCAUGCGUGAUCCCUCGCGAUCCGAGGCAAUGGAUACGGCUAUAUAUGAUCGUGAGAAGGGCAUAUAUAAGUGUUCAACUCUGAGACAGGGUGGUAAAUUUGAUCCCAAAUAUAAGCCAUCGAUUUUGAAUUGUCCACUGCCAGAAAUACCCAAAGAUGCAGAUCCACCCAGUGUGGAGUCGAUAUACGAAAAGCAACGACAACAACAGCAGCAGAACUAUUCCAAAACUCUACAAAGACCACCCAUGAAAUUACCCCCACAAAUGAAGGCUAUACCACCACCACGAGUUGGUACACCCAAUUCGCCACCACCUCCGCCAGAGAACACGGACAACAAUGGUGGCAAUAUGCCCAAACCCUAUAGCCAUCAGAAUGGUGGUAAUACCCUGAACAUGGGUGGUGGCGUCAUUGAUACAUCCAGUGGCGCCUCAACAAAUACCACCAAUACUAAUACCACGACAAAUGUGUCCGAUACUAAUCGUCAAAUGAACAACGAUGCAUCACUGCCACCACCGCCGCCUCUGGACACACCAGAGGAUAGUGGACCCAAGACGAACAAUAUAAUGCAUCACAAUAACAACAGCACAAACAAGAAUAAUCCAGCACAACAUAUGAACGAUGAAGAUGAUUUACCCCCGCCUCCGCCACCACCUGCAAUGAAUGAUGAUUCGAAUUAUGCCGUAACGGAACUUUAAGCAGAGUGAACGAAUCAAAAGAAAUGUUAUGUCAAUCAUGCAAUGGGUGAUCGUUGAAUGUAGAGGGCGCUCUUGAUGUUGACAGCCGAAAGAGAAAGAGAGGGAGAGAGAGAGAAAGGAACCCAUUCCCCUAGGAAACCAAAAAAAGCAAAGAAACAAAAACAGAAAGUUGUGGUAACAUUUUUUGUAGUUUAUAGAUAAUGAAAUAAGAAAAACCCAAGGAUUUUUUGUAGCAAUAAUAUAAAAGAGAAGAGGAAUCUACCCAUAAAUAAAUACAGACACACACACAAACUCUCAACACAAUAUCAGUUAUCCUGUGGAAAUAGUUAUUCCAUUGAACUAUAGGCGAAGAAAAGAGAAAUGUGACUCGUUAAGAGUUGCUCUCUGCUUCUAGUUCUACAUCAACAAACACGCACACACACACACAAUGCCACUAUUUGACGGGCUGGGGACCUAAACAAUCAUCUUCAUCUCAACCUUCAUUUGCAUAGCCAUGAUCUUAUGAUGAGCGUUCUUUUUCUUUGCAAAAGUAAAAGAUCCAAAAGACUAUAUAUCUACAACAUUUUCACAUAUCAAUGUUAAGGUUUUAGCCACUUUAAUCUUCUAGUCAGUGGAAUCGGAGUUGGAAGACUAAUUGUUGCAAAUUUGUUCUUCCAUAAGCCUGAGCCUUACUCCGGAGAGCAUUGGCCAGUGUCAGAGAAAAUGUAGGACAUUUUCAGGCUCCUCCUCUUUCUGAUAGAGCCUGCCGCAGUCGGUGAGAUCGCCAUCUUGCAGUGAACUGAUAGAGCCUGCCGUAGUCGGUGAGAUCGCCAUCUUGCAGUUAACUGUAAUAUCUUUAAGGGAAUUUGUUCUCUUCCAAGAAAGUGUUGGCCAAAUUGUCUUCAAGAUAUUGCAUCCCUUCUCAUUUAGCCAGGACUUUCCCGGAAUAAUGUUUCUAUAUCAUUCUAAAGAUGUAGGGCCCCACUAUCCUCACCGAGUAAUUUACAUAUCGACUGACUCGGAUCUGCAGCUUGUUAUUAGAUUCGCUGUAUCAUUACCCUAUAUGUUGCGAUGGCCAGGAAUCCAACACAGGAACAGGAAUCAAGGACUUA